AUGGCAGACACGUUAGUGCCAUGGGAACGAGACCCGCAGUACCUGACCCUGGGUAACCUGGUCGGGGUUGGCACAUUCGGCCAUGUUGUAGAAGGAACCCUACACCUACCUGGAGAACUACCGGUAAGAGUAGCUGUCAAAACUGUGAACACCAAAGACAAUUCAGGAUAUGUCCAAGCGGAUUUCAAUCGUGAGAUGGACAUUCUCAUCUACCUUUACGACAGAUCCUUACACAUUAAGGAAGAUGAAAAAGUUAUGCACCCAAAUAUCAUUCAGCUAUACGGCGUUGUUACCCUGUCUGACCCGAAGAGGAUAAUACUAGAAUUCGCCCCUCACGGAGACCUUCAGAUGUACCUGAAAAGACUACGAGACGACAUCAAUGCAGUGAACUGGGCCACUUUACUUGGUUUUGCCGUCGGUGUAUCUAAGGCUCUACAGGAGUUAGAAAGAGUCACUAUUGUCCAUCGUGAUGUGGCCGCUCGGAAUGUGGUCAUCACAGACGGAAUGGUCGCGAAGCUGGCAGACUUCGGUUUGGCCCGAGACGUCUACACCAACACUGCGUACGAGCACACCACUCACUGCGGGCGAGACGAGUUACUACCGCUAAAGUGGAUGGCACUGGAGUCUAUCCGAGAUGGAAUUUACUCCUGUCAGAGUGACGUGUGGUCGUUUGGUGUCAUGUUGUGGGAGAUUGCCAGUCUAGGAGAAGAGCCGCGCUACCCUGGGCCUUUCCGACCAAACUGUUGUCAGAUGGUCAACCUGCUUCGACAAGGAAAGCGCAUGGAGAAGCCUGAACAGUGUUCCAUUGACCUGUACAGACUGAUGUGUCAGUGUUGGUAUGAUGCUCCUGACCACAGACCGACUGCUGCUCAGCUUGAAGAAAGGCUUGCUGAGCUAGUUGAGGACAUAGAAAAAGAAGCCCAAGCCAAUGAUGGUGUUAAUCACCAUGAUGUCGUUUGGGAAACUACUGUAUGA